AUGGCGCAGAAUUAUGUGGAUUUAGCACCAUGGAGGCUAUACUUCGAUGGAUCAAGACAUAAGCAGGGAGCUGGGAUAGGAGGAGUCAUAAUUUCUCCAAAUGGAAUUCCAACAGACUUCAAAUACAAAAUCGAAGGGUUAUGCACGAAUAAUGAAGCAGAAUACGAGUCAUUGAUCACCGGACUUGAAAUACUGCUGGAAUUGGGGGCAAGGAAUGUCGAAAUUAUGGGAGAUUCGGAGUUAGUUAUCAAACAAGUAUCAAAAGAAUAUAGGUGUAUUAAAGAAAAUCUGGUCAUGUAUUUCGUGGUUACCGUAAGACUGCUCAAGAGAUUUGAGCAAGUCAAUCUCCAACACAUACCACGGCAGGAAAACCAAAGAGCAAAUGAUUUGGCACAGGAAGCUUCAGGGUAUAAAACAUCGAGAAACCAGGACGAAGAGAUCCAAGUGAGAAAGAAAAUACAGGCUACGACACUGUCACCAUCAAAUUUGGAAAUCAUGAAGCUGGGGGCAGUAGAUAAAAAUCAUUUUGAAAUUCUAACUAUCGACGACGAAGGAAGAAGUGAUUGGCGCAGACCGCUAGUUGACUACUUACGUAAUCCCGUGGGGUCGACAGAUCGAAAGAUAAAAUAUAGGGCCCUUAGCUAUGUCUUGGUAAAUGAUGAAUUAUUCAAGAAGACAGUCGAAGAAGUGUUGUUAAAAUGCCUGGGAGAAAGUGAAGCGUACGUGGCUGUGUCGAGCACACACAGCGGGGCAUGUGGGGCGCAUCAAGCAGGUUUGAAGAUGAAAUGGCUUUUUGAUGCGUUCAGGAGUUUAUUGGCCUUCAAUGUUGAAAGAUUGCAUUGA